AUGUCUUCAGAAGGAAGAUCAUCCCUGCUUCUCUGUACUCUAUUUGUGGGGAGUUCCCUAAGACGACCGAACACUUCUUGCUUCUUUGUCCCUGGACCAGUGCAGUUUUGGUUCGGCAGCUCAAUUGGAUACACUCUUGAUAAACAGAGGAUUACUACCCUUGAGGCCUGGGUUCUUGAAAUUGAUCAGAAGUCAACCCUUUUAUCAAAUGAUCUUGGUCUCUUGCUCCAGAAUGUUUAUUUCCACUUAUGGGAAAUCUGGAAACACAGAAGUGAUGUAGUGAUGCGCCAUCAGACCUCGAAUCCCAUGUUGACAAUUAGAAAGAUUCAAAAUAGCUUUGGUGAGUGGUCUGUAGCUUUGACUUCAAGGGAAAAUCCCGGUCAGAGCCUCUAUACUUCUGCUUCCCUUCAAUUCUGGCAGCCCCCUCCGCCACCCUUUGUCAAAAUUAAUGUGGAUGGUGCUUGGGAUGAGGUGAAUGGUAAUAAUGGAAUGGGAAUCAUUAUCAGGAAUCAUAGUGGUCACUCACUUGCUGGAGCGAGUUUACAUGGAAAUCACAAUUCUGCAGUAGAAGUGGAAGCUGAUGCAAUUGUAAGAGGUCUCCAGCUGGCUGCGUUCAUGAAGUGUAGAAAAAUCAUUCUUGAAAGUGAUUGUAAAGAAGUUAUCUGUGCUAUGGACAACUCGGAUAUCACCCCAAAUUAA